CCUGAGCGCGGACGCAGGGGCAGGUUGCUCACCGGCUCGCUCUGCCUCCCCCGCCACCGGCUGGAUGUCGCAGCGAAAAAAACCUUCCGCCAGGUUUUAAAAUAGAGACGACUACUUUAUAUUGAAUUGUUUUCCGGCUCCGGGCAGGAAGCGUCCCCCCCCCCUACCCUCACCAUGGCUUCCAACUUCAACGACAUAGUGAAACAGGGAUACGUGCGGAUACGGAGUAAGAAGCUGGGGAUCUUCCGGAGGUGUUGGCUGGUGUUCAAAAAAGCCUCCAGUAAAGGUCCCCGCCGGUUAGAAAAGUACCCAGACGAGAAGGCAGCCUACUUCAGGAGCUUCCACAAGAUCACUGAGCUCCAUAACAUCAAGAACAUUACCCGGAUGCCGCGGGAGACUAAAAAACACGCUGUGGCGAUUAUCUUCUUUGACGACACAUCCAAGACGUUUGCCUGUGAAUCAGAGCUGGAUGCAGAGGAGUGGUGUAAGUUGCUGUGCGUGGAGUGCCUGGGCAGCCGUCUCAACGACAUCAGCCUGGGAGAGCCAGACCUGUUAGCAGCAGGGGUGCAGCGGGAGCAGAACGAACGUUUCAAUGUGUACAUAAUGCCCACCCCUAACCUGGACAUCUACGGGGAGUGCACCAUGCAGAUCACCCAUGAAAACAUCUACCUGUGGGACAUCCACAACGCUCGCCUCAAACUCGUCAUGUGGCCUCUCAGCUCCCUACGCAGAUACGGUCGAGACUCCACCUGGUUCACCUUUGAGUCUGGAAGCGGGCCAUCGUAUCAAUGUGUCUCUCAGAUGUGUGACACGGGAGAGGGUUUGUUCACGUUCCAGACGCGGGAGGGGGAGAUGAUCUACCAGCGGGUCCACUCGGCCACGCUGGCCAUUGCCCAGCAGCAUGAGAGGAUGAUGGAGGAGAUAGAGAAGAGCUCCCAGAUCCACUCAAGAGAGACAAUAACCAAGUCCAUCUCCCUGCCACGCAGCGCCUACUGGCAGCACAUCACGCGUCAGAACAGCAUGGGAGAUCUCUACAGUUACCAAGGAACCGGCCUGGCAAUGACUUUUAUCCCCCGAGCACAGACGUUUCCCAGCUUCCUGUCUGACGAGCCAGAGCAGGAGGAGAGCCAGCACCAGGAAGAAGCACCAUCACCCUCUAGUGGCUGUGAAUCCAGCUGCAGCCUGAGACCCCUUCAAUGACAGAGAGCUGCUCUGCUCGACCAAAACUGGACUGUUUUCCCACUGCUGUAGAGACGAUGUAGAAAUAUGUAUAGUGACAUGUGUAAUAUAUCAUUUCCCAGUGAUUCUUUAGUGUCAACUGCAGAACGAGUGGAACAUGAGGACUUUUCCUAGAAAGGAUGUUUGUCGUUGUGUGUUGUGAGACUGUAGCUUCAAAUAUUGCACCAAAAAUCCUUUAAGUGUAGCUUUAAAGUGUUUUACGUUGUCAUAAUGCUGUUAACACCAGCACGUACGACCCCCUUUUACUUUUUGAACCACUGCACUACAUCCUACAAGAGGGUAAAGGUACUAACACACCAAGGUCUGCUGUACAACAAAGGUUUUUUUUUUAGGAAAAAAGGCUUUUGUUCUGAAAUUGACAAAAUCCCAUCAGGGUCCAACAAUGUGCAGCCUCAGCAAGUAUUUUCAGAAAAAAACAGAAACAAUUUUUGACAUGUAAUCCGUUCCAAUCCGACUGCAGCUCUGCUUUCUCAACUAUGUGGAAUUGAUAAAUGCCUUCCACAAAAUAAAAUGCGCUGGACUUUGAUAGCAGUGAUGAAUCAGCUAAAGCCUUUAAUCGGUUACAAGCAGCAGAAAGAAAAGGUCGUUCAGAAAUGUGCUUCAAGGACGUCGCAGUGGACGGACGUGUCACUGAUGAUAGAAUGCAACCUUCUCACAGACGACUCUACUUUAAACUGCCAACCUCACAAAACACACAGUAGUUUGAGUUUAACAGCGUCCUAUAGCUCUUCUAUAACGUCAUGGUGUAUUAGCUAUAGAUGUUGGUGACCUGAAGUUAUGUUCAUACAUGAUUUCAUUUGGAAAAAUAUGAGAGAAAACAACAGAUUGAUACCACUCUCUUAUCACUGUGCUAAAUGGAGAGGUAGCAGCAGGUAGCAACUAGCUUGACUCUAUCCAAAGCAUAUAUAAAACAAACAAAGCUUUGUGGAGAGUGGUGCCAAUCUUCUCAUGUAACUCAGAAAUGUCCAUCUCUCUAAACGUCCCAUGUAUUCCUUUAGAAACUGAGUUAGGGAUUAUAAACCUGGUCACCAUGUUCUCCAGUAAGAAGUGCCUUCCGACAGACAAGAGCAGAAUAAGUUGUUCUUUACCUUCGUAACAGAGUUGUUCUGUCGGCCCCGGUGUGAAACCUGAGCGGACAUCUUUUAUCCAACACUUCAGCAGACUCUCAGUCAUUUCUUCAAAUAUUUGUGCUUCAGGUGUUCAUCUCAAAGAGCGUUUCUCAAAUCCAUGUAUUGUGGCUCAAUCAUCUCUCUGGUUUUGUUUGUUUUGUUGUUUUCUCUUGGGUUAAUACCACAGAACAUAAAUAAAGAUGGACGACAAGUCUCCACUUCCUCCCACUAUCCAAAAAUGAAGCCAAAAUACUCUUGAGACAAACUCCUAGAUUCAAAAUGGCCCCUAUUUUUAUAAUAUCAAAUAAGUAAUUGAAAUCAUAUUUAUUGGUUAAAUCGAUGUGUGUAUUUUGACUUUUUAGAUUUGGUUCAUGUCUGACCCACUAACAUGGAGGACGUGGGAUUGAUGAAGUGUACCACAGCCAGCCACCAGGGGGCGUUUGAGACACUUUGACUUUUGGGGAGCAGUCAUGUGGUCAAUCUAUGGCUUAUAUGUAUAGAAGUGGAAUAGAUUAUAGAUUCCUGAAAAACUGGAUGUAAAUGCACUUGAAUUGUGUUAAAGUUUGCGUUUUGUCGUCACUUUAUUUUGUGUAUUUUAUUUAAGACAACUUUCAUUUGAAUUUGAGCCUAAAACUAAAGCACCCAUCUGAAAAAUAAAGAUUUCCGUCUGCGUCCCAGAGCCUGCGACAGGAGCGUGUAGAGACAGUUGACAUGUGUGUCCACAUAGUUGUCUUGAGGCUUCAUGUAGCUCGUGUGGAUAUUAAAUGUGUGUGAUUGUUCCACGACAUCAGAGCUGCACUGACUGACAAUAACUGGAGAAAGUUAGUUGAUGUAUUUAUUUUCUCUGUUUGAAUAUUCUGUUAGUUUAUCGUAGGUAUGAUGUGUCUUUGUAUUUUCUGUUAGACGAUUGUGUUCGUGUCCUCCACCACUUCCUUCUGUGUUCUGUUACCGUCAGAUUGUAUAUGAAAGGCACUUUGAAUACAUUGAGUGUUUUCACUAAAUGUACAUAUGUUAUGUUUUUGAUGAUAGAAAAAAACUAAUAAUAAAUUGAAUGUUCUAUCAUGUAUCAUCAGUUUU